CAUGGUGCUGUGUUUGGGGCACUUUGCCCUCCUUACAUAAGUGAGCUCUGAGGAUGUGGAACCUCGAUGGCCUUUGCCUUCAGCAAGUAACUGAACUCUGGUACUCAUUUCCAGAACCCCAGGGACGGUUCGUGCUGGUGCCCUGUGAACUCUCGUGAUUGUUAGCCAACAGCUGCUGUGUUUGAGCAACCUUGCUGAGAAGAAAGAAAAUGGCUUGUAUUGAGUUUUCUUUUCAUGUGCCAAGUCUGGAGGAGCUUGCUGAAGUUUUGCAGAAGGGGCUGAAGGACAACUUUGCUGAUGUCCAGGUUUCCGUGGUUGACUGCCCAGAUUUAACAAAGGAGCCAUUUACCUUUCCUGUCAAAGGCAUCUGUGGGCAAACUAGAAUUGCAGAAGUAGGAGGUGUGCCUUACUUAAUGCCUCUUGUAAACAAAAAAAAAGUUUAUGACCUAAAUGAGAUUGCAAAAGAAAUAAAGCUGCCUGGAGCUUUUAUCCUUGGAGCAGGGGCAGGUCCAUUUCAGACGCUUGGGUUCAAUUCUGAGUUCAUGCCAGUUGUUCAGACAGCAAGUGAACACAACCGUCCUGUGAAUGGAAGUUACUUUGCCCGAAUUAACCCUACAGAUGGGAAGUGCCUGCUGGAGAAAUACAGCCAAAAAUACCACGACUUUGGAUGCGCACUGCUGGCUAAUCUUUUUGCCAGUGAGGGCCAACCUGGCAAGGUCAUCAAGGUGCAAGCCAAGAGAAGAACGGGACAGCUCAACUUUGUGACUUGCAUGAGGCAGACUCUAGAAAAGCACUAUGGAAACAAGCCUGUGGGGAUGGGAGGCACCUUCGUUGUGCAGAAGGGGAAAGUCAAGGCCCACAUCAUGCCAGCAGAGUUUUCUUCCUGCCCGUUGACCUCAGAUGAAGCUGUUAAUAAGUGGUUACAUUUCUAUGAGAUGGAGGCUCCUUUGGUCUGCCUGCCAGUCUUUGUCUCCAAAGACCCAGGUCUCGAUUUGCGACUGGAGCACACUCAUUUCUUCAGUCAUCACGGAGAAGGCGGACAUUACCACUAUGAUACUACCCCAGACACAGUGGAGUAUCUUGGCUACUUCUCGCCUGCACAGUUCCUCUAUCGCAUUGAUCAGCCCAAAGAGACCCAUGCGUUUGGAAGAGAUUAAAGCAGCUAAUGCUUGCUUAGAAGAGGAAAUGAUUAGCUAAGGUUAAAUCACUAACUCAGGAGCUGAUACUAAUUCAAAAAUCCACUA